AUGUUACCGCCUUCAGCUUUUGUUCCUUUGCUGGCCUGUCUUUUGCCUCUGAUGUCGUCGACAGUUGUUCAGGAUUUUAAUCACAUUGAGAGAUGCAAGGACUCCCUGUAUAUGGGAACACCACCGCGGGGGUUCACCGACAUGAAACUGAAGAGGAUCUGUCAACGUUAAGCAGACAGACCUCGCUUCGUGACCCUGUAUGACCCCCAAAAACGGAUUCCAGUUUACUCAGCUUAUACCUUCAAGAAAACCGAGGGAGACAGACGCGUGGACUACCCUUGGAUGUAUGAGCCACAGCUGGCAGAGGUCGAUGGCAAUGGAAACAUGCAGGCCUUCCCCACUGGCUACCUGCACAACAAGUUUGAGGACAGCCAGGCAGUGCUGAAUGACUACUCUGACGUGGUCCUGUACGAGAGAGGUCACCUGAACCCGGACCAGAAUCAGUCCACCCCACAUGACCGCGCCGCCACCUAUACUCUGACCAACGUGGUCCCGGAGAUGCGCGAGUUCAACAUCGGGCCCUGGCGUGAGUACGAGGAGCGAAUCUGCAUCCGCCUCAACAACUUCUGCCGCGGCACGGCCCACAUCAUGACCGGCGUGACCACCAGAGGCAACAUGAUCCGCAGGAACAACCAGGACCGCGUGGCCAUCCCAGAGGACGUGUGGUCCGCGUACUGCUGCACGGAGUACGACCGCAACGCACCGCACGAUGUUCGCAUCCGCUUCCCGUCCUACGGAGUCCUGGCCUAAAACGCCAAGGAGGGCAACAGCGUGCACGAGAUGACGGUCCAGGAACUUGAGAUCUUCCUGAAAAGUAAUUUGGAUGUUGACCAGAACCGUCAGCUAUUCUAUGACAACUGCAUCUCUCCCUCACCCCUCCCUCUAUACCUCCAACACACUAUCUAA